UAUUUUUAUAAAUUAUUACUUCUCGUCUGAAACGAUUCUGGCGACUGAUUUCUGCUGGUGGGAUUGGAAACCUAAUCUUCUUCCUCCGAAGAUUCAUCUGCGAUUCGAGCAUCUCAGUGAAAGGACUCCUUGGUCGCGUCAACACUUGUCUUUUCUCUUUGAUCGACCAACAACAGUAAAUAAAAUAACUUUUGCAAUCUUCUAGCUGAUGCAAUCUAGCGCAUUGUCGCACCUGAGAAGCUACUACAGAAGAUCAUCGGUAUUGCCCAUAUCAAACCAUGAUCAGUCCGUGCAACUAUUUAAUAUCGUUCGUUCGAUUUGUUCUUCCAGCCAUAGACCGAGAAGGGAAGGAUACAGCUCGAACUCGCGUGUGCCACGACCCGAAUGGCUGAUUGGUGAGCUGUGCAGAGAAGGUAGAAUUGUAGAAGCACGCAAACUGUUCGACGGAUUGCCUGAGAGAGAUGUGGUUACAUGGACCGAUGUGAUUACUGGGUAUAUUAAGUUAGGGAAUAUGAGAGAAGCUAGGGAAUUGUUCGAUAGGGUUGAUUCUAGGAAAAAUGUGGUGACUUGGACAGCCAUGGUUAGUGGGUACUUGAGAUCUAAGCAGCUUUCUGUAGCUGAGAUGCUUUUCCAGGAUAUGCCUGAGAGAAAUAUAGUUUCUUGGAAUACUAUGGUCGAUGGGUAUGCUCAGAGCGGGAGAAUUGAUAAAGCUCUGGAACUGUUCGAUGAAAUGCCUGAGAAAAACAUUGUUUCCUGGAACACGAUGAUGAAAGCUCUGGUGCAGCGUGGUAGGAUAGAUGAGGCAAUGAAUCUAUUCCAAAGAAUGCCUAGAAGGGAUGUCAUUUCAUGGACAGCCAUGGUCGACGGAUUGGCAAAGAACGGUAAGGUAGAUGACGCGAGACAACUUUUCGAUUCUAUGCCUGAGAGAAAUAUUAUUUCAUGGAAUGCUAUGAUCACUGGUUAUGCACAUAAUAAUAGGAUAGACGAAGCUGACCAACUCUUUCAAGUGAUGCCAGAGAGGGACUUUGCUUCAUGGAAUACAAUGAUCACAGGGUUUAUACGGAAUAAGAAUAUUAACAGGGCUUCUGUUUUAUUUGACCGGAUGCCUGAAAAGAAUGUUAUUUCCUGGACCACAAUGAUUACAGGAUAUGUCGAGAAUAAAGAAAACGAAGAUGCGCUUAAAUUUUUCUCAAAGAUGUUAAGGGAUGGCUAUGUUAAGCCUAACGUAGGAACAUAUGUGAGCAUUUUAAGCGCAUGUAGUGACUCAGCUGGGCUUGUGGAAGGGCAGCAGAUUCAUCAGUUGAUAUCUAAGUCGGUCCACCAAAAGAACGAAGUUGUGAUUUCAGCGCUUAUUAACAUGUACUCAAAAUCUGGUGAACUGAUUGCUGCUAGGAAGAUGUUCGAUAAUGGAUUGGUAUGCCAACGGGAUUUGAUUUCAUGGAACAGUAUGAUUGCGGUUUAUGCGCACCACGGGCAUGGGAAAGAAGCAAUUGAAAUGUAUGAUCAGAUGCUGAAACACGGGUUCAAACCUAGUGAGGUGACCUAUCUUAACUUGCUGUUUGCUUGCAGCCACGCCGGACUGGUAGAGAAAGGAAUGGAGUUCUUUGCAGAGCUUGUGAGAGACGAGUCAAUUCCUCUGCGCGAAGAGCAUUAUACGUGUCUCGUGGAUCUCUGUGGUCGUGCUGGUAGAUUGAAAGAUGUUUUAAAUUUCAUCAACUGUGAUGAGGCUAGGCUAUCAAGAUCGUCCUACGGAGCACUAUUAUCCGCUUGUAAUGUAUACAGUGAUGUGAGUAUUGCUAAGGAGGUGGUGAAGAAGGUACUAGAAACAGGGUCGGAUGAUGCUGGGACUUAUGUAUUGAUGUCUAAUAUAUAUGCAGCGAGUGGGAAAAUGAAAGAAGCAGCAGAGAUGAGAAUGAAGAUGAAGGAGAGAGGGUUGAAGAAACAACCAGGUUGCAGUUGGAUUGAUUUCGGGAAUCAGAGGCAUCUUUUUGUUGUUGGAGAUAAGUCACAUCCUCAGUUCGAAGCCUUGGAUGCGAUAGUAUCCGAUCUUCGCAACAAAAUGAGGAAGAACAAAAACAUGACUUCAGAAGCGGGAGAAGAUGGGUUAUUGGUUAUAUGAAUUCCUUCUGCAUACCAGAGACUCGGAGAGGCAUUCAGACUCCUUUGUUUAAGAUCCUUGAAACAACCGAUUUAUCCAUGCCAUUUGGUGAUGGCUAAACAAUUCAACUGCCCGAAGUAGCAAGACGAUACAGAAGACACAGCUUGCAGGAGAUUUUUUUUUGCAGUUUGAGAAUUUAACUGAUACGUCGUAGACUUAUAGAUUACCAUUUUUUCGUCUGAUUCGAUCCUGUACCAUUUAUAUCACAGUUAGGACUGAAUACUACUAAUUCUUGUUAUUCGUUCUAUAAGAGAAAGUUUGUUUGUUUGUUUUUUU